AUGGAUAAAAAACGAGAAGAGAUGCAAUUUCUUGGUCUCUUCGGCAUCUACAAGGAAGCCUGCAAGAUUAUCUUCUCAAGGAAAACAAUCUUCUCCCAGAUAACCCUUGUUUUUAUCCUCCCCACGUCUUUUGUCUUCAUAGCAAACAUGAAGGUAUCAAAUGCUCUAUUUGCAAAAAUCAUUGAAGUAGUACAAGUGCCUCGGAUGCAAACGCAAGCGGGUACCCCAGAACAAAUCGAACUAAGUCUUCCCAACUCCACUGGAUGGAUCCAACUUUUGUUUUACAAGGCUGCAUACAUCACUUUCCUUCUCCUUUUCUCUCCUCUGUCAACUGCUGCAGUUGUUUACACCAUAGCUUGUAUUUCUACAGGGCAAGAAGUGACUUUCAAGAUGGUGAUGCGUGUUGUGCCUAGAUUUUGGAAGAGGCUUGUGAUCAUCUCCGCCUGUGCUUUCGCUGCAAUAUUUGCUUGUACCAUGGCUACACUGCUAACAAUUGCAGUUACUAGAACCUUCAUGAUCAAUCGUUAUAUUCUUGCUAUUGGUUUUUUUUUACUAGUGUUGUUCUUCAUGGGGUUUGUCUAUAUUAGCCUUGUUUGGCAAACUGCCAGUGUUGUAUCUGUUUCAGAAGAAGCAUCUGCGAUGACGGCCAUGAUCAAGAGCAAGGCACUUGUAAGAGGGAAGACAAAGGUCAUGGGAGUUAUAUUUCUGACGAUGACUAUAUCUUAUGUAAUCAUGAAAAUAGAAUUUAGUAAGCUUGUUGAAGGAUCGUCGCUAGGAAUAGUCAAUAGGGUGUCAUACGGUAUUAUUUGUUUCUUGUUGCUUGUCCUGUUGAUUUUGUUUGAGCUUGUUAUUCAAACGGUGACCUACUUUGUUUGCAAGUCAUAUCACCAUGAAAACAUCGACAAGUCUACGACUUUGGAUCGCCUCGAUGCAGGUUAUGAUGACUAUGUUCCUUUGAAGGCAAAGGAUGUCUAG